CGAUACGGGGGGACGUGGGGAGCGGAAAAGAUCUCGUCCUCGCCAGCCAGCGGCGAGACGAGAGGAUGUUGGCGAGCGGGCUAGCUCGGCCUCCGUCUCCGUCUUUAUAUACUCGCCCGGUCGAGGUGAAGCACACCACGCUGCCUCGACCGCCGCCGUCCUCCUCCUCCUCCUGGAAGACAUCCGGCGUACCUGCGAGCGACCACGAGAUGGAGCGUGAUGGAGGGGUGUGUGGCGGCGCGGGGGCGAGGUGCGCGCUCUGCGGCGCCCGGGCGGACGUGCACUGCGCGGCCGACGCGGCGUUCCUCUGCGCGCCCUGCGACGCCAGGGUCCACGGCGCCAACUUCCUCGCCUCCCGCCACCGCCGCACGCGCGUCUGCUACGCGCCUAAGGAGGAGGACGAGGCCGUGUCCGGCAUGACCACGUCGAGCUCCUGCGUGUGCACGGCCGACUCCGCCACGACGACGACGGCGGCUGCGGCGCCGCAGGGGCGGAGGGGGAGGCCGCCGGCGGCGGCUAAGAGUAAGAGCCCCCGCGCGCGGGGCGAGGAGGUGCUUGAGGGGUGGGCCAAGAAGAUGGGCCUCGAGGCGGGGGUGGCGCGCCGGCGCGCCGCGGCGGCCGCGCGCACGCUCCGGGCCGUGGCCGCGGCGCCGAGGAGGGUGCCGCUGCGCGUCGCGAUGGCGGCCGCGCUUUGCUUGGAGGUGAUGGCGGCUCACGUCGGCGGCGCACACGAGGCCGGCGACGCGCUCCGGCGGCUGGAGGCGUGCGCGCACGUGCCGGCGAGGAUCCUCGUGGAGGUGGCUUCGUCCAUGGGCGGCGCGCGCGCCAGGAGACCGGCCGCCGCCGUGGACGCCGAGGAGGGCUGGGGAGAGUGCCCGUGAGGCAGCACAUGAUCUUCUCCAACAACACAUGACCCAUGACUCAUCAGAAGGCGGCUAAUUAAGCUUUCUUGUUCGUUAAUUCAGUAGUACUCCGUAGUAGUAGUAGUACGUAUAUUUCUAGAGAGUUCAGUAAAAGUUGAUCAAGUCUUGUUGUUAGUUACUAGAAGGAUAGUACGAUGUAAUCCGAAUGGAUGGUGUCAGCCAUGCCAUCAAAGUGGAUCACAUGUUGUUCAGUACUAUACUUAGUAAUUUAGCCGAACUGAUUAAUUAGGCUUUUGAAUUGGUUA